AUGUUUCGCCAGAUACGCGUGCAUUCGAAGGACGUCGACUUUCAAAGGAUACUUUGGCGCCCUGCGGAUGACGCGCCAAUUACCCACUUUCGACUGCUCACCGUUACAUACGGUUUAGCUUCAGCACCGUAUCUGUCGAUGCGAGUGCUUCGACAAUUAGCUCUUGACGAGGGUGCUGACUUUCCUGCUGCGGUUCCUAUCAUUAAUGAUUCAAUCUAUGUGGAUGACGCGUUGUUCGGUGCCGACAACUUUGAUUCGUUACUCGAUACGCGCACUCAACUCGUAGAACUUAUGAAACGCGGAGGUUUUUUGCUACAAAAAUGGGCUUCCAAUUGUGACGAACUUCUUGAUAACGUUACAAACGAUCAGUCGGAAGUUACUGAUCACCUUGUACUGAAGGACGAAUUGUUAAGGAUUCUUGGUUUAUCGUGGCUUCCGUCGGAAGACUCAUUUCAAUUCACAGUGAAGUUUGAUCUUCCGAUCGUGUUGACAAAACGUUCUAUACUAUCGUGCAUUGUUAAACUAUACGACCCUCUCGGCUGUCCCGGUUGUGAUAACUGCCAAGAUAAUUCUGCAAGAAUUGUGGCUACUACGUUACGAUUGGGACACCCCACUUCCAAACGAGUUGAGUCAACGAUGGACUAUUUUCGCCUCCGACCUUUCACGUUUGGAGUCGAUACGUAUUCUCGAUGGACCGGUCAAAGCCCGGAUAAUCUUACGUUAGAACUUCACGGAUUCGCGGACGCCUCGAAUCGCGCUUAUGCCGCCGUUGUGUAUAUGCGCGUGUUUCAUUCCCUUUCAGAGUAUCGAGUAAAUUUGAUCGCCGCAAAGUCAAAGGUCGCUCCAGUUAAGACACUUAGCAUUUCUCGACUCGAACUCAAUGCGGUAGUUUUAUUAAGUCGAUUAGUAAAGUGGUUGAUAAAUUCAUUAAACUUAUCAAAUACUUCGAUUCAUUGUUGGACGGACUCCACUAUUACGCUGGCGUGGCUGCGUCAACACCCAUCAAAAUGGACCACGUACGUGGCCAACAGGGUAUCGGAAGUACAGUGCAACCUGCCAUCUGCUAAGUGGAGUCACGUGCCGUCCAAAGAAAAUCCCGCGGACUGCGCGUCCAGAGGAUUCAAUGCGUCCGACAUAGUUGAGCAUUCGUUAUGGUGGGCGGGCCCGCCUUGGCUUCAACAGCCUUCUACCUCUUGGCCUCUACAUAACGUCGCUACUUCACUCUCAGAAGAGCUAGUGAAACAAAAAACGAAUCGUGAAAAUACCACUGUAUUGUAUCUUGGAGUAGACGAGCUCCGUCGAGCAGAGACUUUCUGGCUCGCUUAUGCGCAGAAAAGAUCGUUCGAACUCGAGUUCAAGACCUUACGGAAAGACGAAACGCUCCCUCACAAAAGCUCGUUGAAAUCGCUAAAUCCUUUCGUCGGAAAGGAUUCUUUACUUCGUCUCGGCAGGCGGUUACGAAAUUCCGCUCUCUCCUACGAGGAACGACAUCCGAUUAUCAUUCCCCGGGGCAGAAUAGCCGAGCUGUUAAUCGAUCAUGCGCAUCGGAUCUUGCUCCACGGAGGAGUUCAACUUGUCCUCCGAACGCUCCGUCAAAACUAUUGGCUACUCGGCGGUCGAAGUACGGUAAAAUUUCGCAUUCGGCAAUGCAUAGUUUGCGCUCGUUACGCGAAGAGACAAUCCAGCCAACUCAUGGGAGAUCUCCCUUCUCCCCGAGUUAAUCCAUCGUCCCCGUUUACUCAUACGGGAGUCGAUUACGCUGCUCCGUUUUUCCUUACCCCGUUCGUCAGUCGCGGACAGAAGACUCGAAAACAUUACAUUGCUUUGUUCAUCUGUCUCGCGACAAAAGGUAUUCAUAUCGAAUUAGUCGAAGACUAUUCCGCGGCGGGUUUUUUGGCGGCCUUUAGGAGAUUCGCGAGUCGAAGAGGCUUGCCUCAAAAACUGUAUAGCGAUAACGGAACAAAUUUCCACGGAGCGGACCGGGAGCUAAAGAGCACGUUUGACGCAGUAAGUUCCGAUCCCUCAUUGCGAGACGUCCUCGCUAACGAUAGAGUGGAGUGGCACUUCAUUCCGUCCGCAACUCCUCACUUCGGAGGAUUGUGGGAGGCCGGCGUAAAGAGCUUCAAGACUCACUUGAAAAGGACAGUGGGUUCGCAUACCUUAUCUCAAGCCGAAUUUUCAACACUGCUUUGCCGAAUUGAGGCGUGUCUCAAUUCGCGCCCCAUUGCAACCUUAAGUGACGAUCCAAGCGAUUUGCUAGCGCUUACUCCUGGUCAUUUUCUUAUAGGUCGACCGAUGACCGCCGUACCGGAGGAGUCUGUACUUGCGAUAAACAAAAACCGAUUGUCUCGAUGGCAACUCGUCAACGCGAUGAGCGAACGAGUGUGGCGUGCAUGGUCGCUUGAUUAUUUGCAUUCGUUGCAACAACGAGGUAAAUGGACGAAUAAGUCUUCAGACUUUCGCGUCGGAGAACUUGUAUUACUGAAAAAUUCCCUGCUCCCUCCGAGCAAGUGGGAACUCGCUCGAGUCGCGCUGAUCCAUCCGGGAUCCGACGGACUCGUUCGAGUCGUGACAGUUCGCACCGCACAUUCCUCUUUCAAGCGACCAAUCACGCAACUAUGCCGUCUUCCAGUUACUUGUGAAAAUAAUGAUAAAACCAUUGUUCAAUCAACAAAUUGUAAUUAG